AAGGCGUAAUAUAAAUGGUCAUUACAUAAACCUCUAAUGGUGUUAAAAUGAUGCAGCAGCAGCAGCGUGUGUGAGAAAUAUUAAGAAUGGGUUCGAUGGAGAUAGACGAGGAGGUGUCGCCGAUCGAGGAGGUGCGUCUGGUGGUGUCGAACGAGGACGACCCCGGGCAGCCGGUGUGGACGUUUCGGAUGUGGUUCAUGGGCGUGGCGUCGGUGUCGCUGCUUUCGUUCCUCAACACUUUCUUCGGCUACAGGACAGAGCCGCUCACGGUCACCAUGAUUUCGGUGCAGGUGGCCACGCUUCCGAUCGGGCGGUUCAUGGCCAGGGUGCUUCCCACGAGGAAGUUUCGCAUCGGAGGGAGGGCCUUCUCGCUCAACCCUGGCCCCUUCAACAUGAAGGAGCACGUGCUCAUUUCGAUAUUCGCGAAUGCUGGCGCCGCGUUUGGGAACGGUUCUGCCUACGCUAUCAGCAUUGUGGAUAUAAUCCGCGCCUUCUAUGGCAGGAAGAUUAGCUUCUUGGCGAGUUGGCUCCUCGUCAUGACCACGCAGGUGUUGGGAUACGGAUGGGCGGGGAUCAUGAAGAAGUACGUGGUGGAGCCAGCGCAGAUGUGGUGGCCUGCCACCCUAGUGCAAGUCUCUCUCUUCAGGGCCUUGCAUGAAAAAGAACGGAGGCGCAUGUCAAAAGAGAAAUUCUUUUUGAUCGCACUUAUUUGCAGCUUCGCGUGGUACGUGGUACCUGGGUUCCUAUUUCCGACACUGUCAAUUAUUUCGUGGGUGUGUUGGAUUUUUCCCCGCUCAGUAACUGCCCAUCAGAUUGGAUCAGGCAAGAGUGGACUUGGCUUGGGUUCCUUCUCCCUUGACUGGACCACCGUUGCUGCAUUCCUUGGCAAUCCACUCGUCACUCCUUUCUUUGCAACAGCUAACAUCAUUGUCGGUUACGUCUUAUUAGUAUACCUCCUCAUACCUGCUGCGUAUUGGGGAUUUAAUCUCUACAAUGCCAAGAACUUCCCCAUAUACUCUUCAAGUCUAUUCACUGCCAAUGGCCACGGCUACAAUGUCACCGCCAUUGUGAAUCAACACUUUGAGAUUGAUAUGCAGGCAUACCUUAAACAAGGUCGAGUCAACUUGAGUGUCUUCUUUGCUAUUAGCUAUGGCCUUGGCUUUGCUGCCAUUGCCUCUUCCCUCACUCAUGUCGCCUUGUUUAAUGGCAGGGAGAUAUAUCAACAGUUCCGAACUUCCCGCUCUGCAAAGGAAGACAUUCACACAAGAUUGAUGAAGAACUACAAGCAAAUACCUGGCUGGUGGUUUCAUGUCACGCUUUCGGUUACAUUUGUACUUGCACUUGUACUUUGUAUUGUCAUGAAAGAUGAGAUACAAAUGCCAUGGUGGGGUCUCAUCUUUGCAUCUGGGCUUGCACUAAUCUUUACUCUCCCCAUUAGCAUCAUAACUGCCACCACUAAUCAGAGUCCAGGUUUGAAUAUCAUUACUGAGUACAUCAUGGGUGUGAUUUUACCUGGCAAGCCAAUAGCCAACGUUUGCUUCAAGACAUAUGGGUACAUAAGUAUGUCACAGGCUGUUUCCUUUCUAUCUGAUUUCAAGCUAGGACAUUACAUGAAGAUUCCACCACGCUCCAUGUUCAUAGUUCAGAUCGUAGGGACUCUGAUAGCAGGAACCGUGGACGUUGGUGUCGCAUGGUGGUUGCUGGGUUCAAUAAAGCAUAUAUGCAACCAAGAUCUACUGCCCUCGGACAGUCCAUGGACCUGCCCGGGUGACAAAGUUUUCUUUGAUGCAUCUGUGAUCUGGGGCUUGGUAGGGCCAAGGCGAAUUUUCGGCACUCUUGGGAAUUACAUACAACUCAAUUGGUUCUUCUUAAUAGGAGUAUUGGGACCACUAUUUGUAUGGCUAUUGCAUAAAGCCUUUCCCAAUCAACAGUGGAUAUCCUCAAUUCACCUUCCUGUGCUUCUUGGAGCAACUGCCGCAAUGCCACCAGCCAGCACAGUGAACUUCAAUUCGUGGAUUAUUGUUGCCACAAUCUUCAACUAUUAUGUAUUCAAGUAUCGUAAGAAUUGGUGGCAGCGCUACAAUUAUGUGCUAGCGGCAGCUUUGGACGCUGGAUUGGCUUUCAUGACGGUUCUUCUAUACUUCUCACUUAACAUGGAGGGAACAAGUAUUGAAUGGUGGGGAACUGAUGAGCACUGUCCCCUUGCCAGGUGUCCAACAGCGAAAGGUAUAGUAGAUCCUAAAGGGGUCUGUCCUCUGUUUUGAUUCCCUUUUCAUCAUGGGGAGGGAAUGUACAUUGAAUAAUAUUUCUGCAAAUACAGUCGAAUUAGAUCGUUUGAAGCGCCUUGGUGGGCCUUAUUUUCUGAUUCCUGAACAGAUCAUCAUAUUUUUAUACUUAUUCUUAAUGCCAUUCAAUUUCGUCAUCUCUCAAAUAAAUUACCAAAU